AUGGCCUCUCUCAAGCAAUUUAUUCGCAAUGUCCGAUCCGCCAAGACCAUUGCAGAUGAGCGAGCCGUGAUUCAAAAGGAGAGCGCAGCCAUUCGUGCCUCAUUUCGAGAGGAGAGCCACGACUCGAACGUCCGGAGGAACAAUGUGGCCAAAUUGCUCUACCUCUUCACUUUGGGAGAGCGAACUCACUUCGGCCAGAUCGAAUGUUUGAAAUUACUCGCGUCACACCGAUUCGCCGACAAGCGACUGGGCUACCUAGGAACCAUGUUGUUGCUGGACGAGAACCAGGAGGUGUUGACUCUCGUCACCAACUCAUUGAAGAAUGAUCUCAACCACUCGAACCAGUAUAUUGUUGGUCUCGCCCUCUGCGCCCUCGGAAACAUCGCCUCCGUCGAGAUGUCUCGUGACCUUUUUCCCGAAGUCGAAAGCCUCAUGUCGACGGCCAACCCCUAUAUUCGCCGUAAGGCGGCCAUUUGCGCCAUGCGGAUAUGUCGCAAGGUCCCUGACUUAUACGAACAUUUCCUCGAGAAGGCCAAGACGCUGCUAGGAGACCGCAACCAUGGAGUUCUUCUCUGCGGGUUGACUUUCGUGACCGAUCUGUGCGAAGCGGAAGAGGAGGAGGAAGGCCCAGAGGGUGUUAUUGAGAUGUUCCGGCCUCUCGCCGGGGGGCUGGUGCGUGCUCUGAAGGGACUGACCACAUCAGGGUAUGCUCCGGAGCACGACGUAUCUGGAAUCACCGAUCCUUUCCUCCAGGUUAAAAUUCUUCGGUUCCUCCGAGUCUUGGGUCGCGGCGAUGCGGCUACCAGUGAAUUGAUCAACGAUAUUUUGGCCCAGGUAGCAACCAACACCGAUUCGUCCAAGAACGUGGGCAAUGCCAUUCUAUAUGAGGCGGUUCUCACCAUCUUGGAUAUUGAAGCUGACUCUGGCUUGAGGGUCUUGGGUGUCAACAUUCUCGGUAAAUUCUUGUCCAACAAAGACAAUAACAUCCGUUAUGUUGCAUUGAACACUCUGAACAAGGUCGUUGCCAUCGAACCAAAUGCGGUGCAAAGACAUCGUAACACCAUCUUGGAAUGUCUGCGGGAUCCUGAUAUCAGCAUUCGCCGGCGAGCGCUCGAUCUCAGCUUCAUGUUGAUCAACGAGGACAAUGUACGGGUGCUUGUACGGGAGCUGCUAGCUUUCCUGGAGGUAGCCGACAACGAGUUCAAGCCGGUGAUGACAACACAGAUUGGUAUCGCCGCGGAUCGGUUUGCUCCGAACAAGCGCUGGCACAUGGAUACCAUUCUUCGGGUUCUCAAGCUGGCUGGGAACUACGUCAAGGAACAAAUCCUGUCGUCAUUCGUUCGUCUCAUCGCGACUACCCCGGAGCUGCAGACCUAUGCCGUCCAGAAGCUGUAUUCAUCUUUGAAGGAAGAUAUCUCACAGGAAGGAUUGACUCUGGCAGCAACAUGGACAAUUGGUGAAUACGCUGAUAGUCUGUUGCAGGGUGGUCAGUAUGAGGAGGAGGAACUGGUCAAGGAAGUGCGGGAGGGCGACAUUGUGGACUUAUUCACCAACAUCCUUAACAGCACUUACGCCAACCAGACCGUCGUCGAGUAUAUCACUACCGCAUCCAUGAAAUUGACCGUGCGCAUGUCCGAUCCAGCCCAGAUCGAGCGCCUGCGCCUCUUCCUCACUAACCGCACGUCGGACUUGAGUGUCGAAAUCCAGCAACGUGCGGUUGAAUACACCAACUUGUUUGGCUAUGACCAAAUCCGCCGUGGCGUGUUAGAGCGAAUGCCCGCGCCUGAGAUCCGUGAGGAGCAGCGCGUUCUCGGUGCUCCCGCUAAGAAACGCCAGAGCAAGGUCCUGCGUAGCAAGCCCACUAAGGUGUCCAAGCCUGCUGAUCACGACCUACUGCUUGACCUGGUGGGUGGCUCCGAUGCACCUGUGACCAGCCCGUCAUCGAAUGGAGGAAACACCGCCGAUCUGCUGGCAGAUAUCCUUGGCGGCGACUCAGGCUUGUCAUCGCCCGCUCCUGCCCCUGCCCCGAACACAAGCAGUCACAGCUCUAUUAUGGACCUAUUUGGCUCAACUGGCGCCUCCCCUUCCCCUCAGCCAGCACAGCAACAAUCGGCUUCAAUGGAUCUUUUGGGUGGUGGCAUGGGAGUCUCCGCUCCCUCGCCCUCCGCUUCGCCCGCACCCGUUACCGCCUCGACCCCUGCCCACACUGCGCUCAACAAGGAUGGCCUGGUGCUCACCCUGCAAGUUCAACGGAGCGGUCCCAACGCCCAGAUCCUCGCUCGGUUCCGCAAUGAGUCUAAUUUUGGCCGUUUCACCAAUGUCGGUCUGCAAGCCGCUGUGCCAAAGAGCCAGCGUCUGCAACUGAGCGCUAUCAGUAAAGCUGACCUCGAAGCUGGCGAAGAUGCCACCCAGACCAUGCGGGUAACGGCACUGAAUGGGGCCCUGCCACCUAAGCUCCGUCUCCGUCUCCGGGUCACUUCUGCUCAAGAUACAGCCGCUCCAGUCAUCGACCAAGUAGACUGGUCUGAGCCGUGA